ACACAGCACCGCUGCACCACACCGCACCGGCAGCACGAUCACAGUAGCCUGAGCCGGGUACGCGCGCGAGCACGUUGUCAUUAUUGCGGCGAAUCGCCAGUGCACAAGAGCCUCUUCGAAGCCCAGAUCUAGUGGCUUGCCUACUGAGGUGGUAUAUUUGAAUUCGGUUGAUCGGUCAAGGGGUGAGCUCGUUUGAAACGAAAGAGCGUAAAUAGGAAGUGCUGAUCGAAUUAUAACGGAACGAAACCAAAUUUCAAGUCAUUGCCCGGUUUUUUAUUUGAUUAAACUGCGUGGUACAGUCAGUGGGAGUGUAAACAACGUAAACGCGUAAAAACGGAAAAUAUUUACCAGAAGUGUUAUUUUUUAAAUUUGUUUUUCCUCGAUCGGUAUUAGAACCGAUUGUUUCCAGUUCGAAUUCGGCAUAGUGAAAACCGAUCCAAUCGUAAUUGUUUGAUGAAAACGACGGCAUCAGUGGAUCAAAAGUGCAUUAGUGAAUGAAAAAUUGAGCGGAAAGUCAUUAUAAUCUUCCAGUUGGAUGCAGCGGCGUUUCAGUCGGUUCAAUUAAAAUCAGCAGAUAGCCCCUUAUAUAUGACCGGGCACCACAUAUGAGUGCUACUGGCUACAGGUGCUGACAGUAAAGUGCAAAAAAGAUGAGAGCUUUGGUGUUACUAUUGGUUAACAUAUUUUGCCUGGCAAAGUUUGUCAAAUCCUAUGGCGUUACGGAGCACCGCGUUGACUACAUCAAAGCUGUUGAUGGUCAUGAAUACGAUUAUCACUACCACGACGGCUCAGCGCCACGAUUUGAAAAAAGCAAACUUCACUAUCUGCAACAACAAGAGCAACGGCAACAACAGCACCAACGUAACCACAAUCUGAAUCAGCAACAACAACUGUUUCUAAUAACAAAGCGUCCAUACAAGCAACCCUUCAAGCAGCCCUAUUUCAACAAAUAUUUCUCAACACCGAUUCGCGAUCACAAUUAUGUGAAUAAUGAGUUCCAAGCCGCGGCUGCAGCCUCCCCCAGCUACACCAGCAGCAUCAGCAGCAGCCACUACAAGCAGCAGAAUUCCAUUCCCAUCUUCGAAAGUCAUGAAAAGGUUAGGAACUCGUUCCUAGACGACGACGAUGACGAAGAGAAAACCAACGUCAGCCAUUUCGACCACGAGGAAGAACGACCCGCCAAGCGACGACCAGUUUCAAAGCCAAAUACGUUGACCAGACCAAACUCAAUAAUUGGGGCAAACUUACUUGGACUUCAAUCUCACAACAACGAUUUCCGCAACAACCGGUACCAUAGUUAUGACGAUUCUUCCGAAUCGGGGGAAAUCCUCCCUAAACCAUCAGCAGCCCCGACUCUUCCGUCACAUCCGUACAAUUUUCUCACAAAUAGUUCCGCUCCGGUGAACUUCCCCGGAUUCCAUUUCAUUUCCGGUGGAUACACUUAUUUCAGUUCGCACCCGUUACCCAAGAAGAAGCAGCAACCCAUUUUGAUUGACACACAGUUCGUGGAGACCCCACUGGUGCAUACGACGACCACUCGCCGACCGUACGUGGCACCGACGCUCACUCCUCCACCACCACCACAAUACUUUCAGCAACGGCCAACGACCAAGGCACCGCUUCAACGACGGCCCUACAUUGCCCCCUCUCUGACGACGACAAAACGACCCUACGUUGCUCCGUCCGUGUUGAGAUCCACGACCAAGACAACCGAUGCCAGCUUACUAGCGUUUGCCCAAAACCCCAUUGCCGUGAACGGCGCAAGCCGCUUCCGGUACACGAAUAACAAGGCAACGACGACGAAAGCAACCGCCAGCAGCAGUGCCAAGAAGUCCGAAAAGCACAGCGAACUGUACGAACCGGAGUUUGACAUCGACAUCCGAAUCGACCUGUCCAGUGAUUCCGGUCACUGAGUAGCAUUAGGACAAAAGUGUAAAGUUCCCUGCUUAAAGCGAAAAUACCCUUUCUUCUUCUUUCUUCCUUCUAGCUAAUAGAGAGAGUAAUAAAUUUUAAUUUAAAUAAAAUUGUCGCGAAAAAUAAUGUGAAAACUAUAGAAA